ACUCGCCACAUCUCGAGCAGAACGGAGCUCCACUAAGAACCGAGAAUAUAGAACUGUGGCUGCAUCUCGAGUGAAAUCGAAAAACCCCCCUUAACGUAUUCCAUAUCCACCGGAAACUCCAGCGAAAGUUCUAGAGCUCCAGUGAAAGUGCCAAAAGAAGCUCCGAAGUGAAAGUCAUCUAAGAAACCAAAGAUAUGCAGAAAAUGAAUUUACAUGUGUGCGCCUUAGCGCUGCUGCUGUUCGGCAGUAUCGCCACUGUCCGCGGAAGAGCCGUGGACCUGGUAGACGAUAGCAACGAUGUGGACAACUCCAUCGAGACGGAGGACAAGCCCCGGGACCGAGCCUUCGACGCUGACUGGCUCAAGUUCACCAAGACGCCGCCGACCAAGCUGCAGCAGGCGGAUGGUGCCACCAUCGAGAUCGUUUGCGAGAUGAUGGGCUCCCAGGUGCCCAGCAUCCAGUGGGUGGUGGGACACCUGCCCCGCUCGGAGCUCGACGAUCUGGACUCCAACCAGGUGGCCGAGGAGGCGCCCAGUGCCAUUGUGCGCGUCCGAUCCUCGCACAUCAUCGAUCACGUGCUGAGCGAGUCGCGCACCUACACGUGUGUGGGACGCACUGGCUCCAAGACAAUCUUCGCCAGCACUGUGGUGCAUCCGCCACGUUCCUCUCGCCUCACGCCGGAGAAGACCUACCCGGGCGCCCAGAAGCCACGCAUCAUCUACACUGAGAAGACGCAUCUCGACCUGAUGGGCUCCAACAUCCAGCUGCCCUGCAAGGUGCACGCUCGUCCCCGGGCAGAGGUCACCUGGCUGAACAACGAGAACAAGGAGAUCGUCCAGGGACAUCGCCACCGGGUCCUGCCCAGCGGCGAUCUCCUGAUCUCGGACAUCAAGUGGGAGGACAUGGGCAACUACAAGUGCAUAGCCCGGAACGCAGUGGGCAAAGACACCGCCGACACCUUCGUGUAUCCCGUACUUAAGGAUGAAGACUAAAGAUCCCACCACUAUAAGAAACAAAAAGGCUAUUGGAUUGACGACGGGAAUUCAUCUAGUUAGUUAGAUAGAUCAAAUGCCUUCGAAGAUGCGUGAAAAGAAAAAGAAAAUAUGCUUAGAGAAAAAAAAAUACAAAAAAAUGAUGGAGUAAAAGGUCAUACGAUUUACAGUUAUGUACAAUUUAGGUUAAGCACACUCUAGCUCGUAAUCCAGGUAAUUAACCGUAUCUAAUGCCGGCUUAGACACUAAUUUUCUAACUUACUACCCUCGAAUAGCAGUCACACGUAUCGCAUUCGAAUUAUAGUACCUACUACAUAUGGUUUUCUUCAAUUCUAGUUUUAGUUAUCGGCUUGUAAUCACGCGUCUUUGGUUUUUUUUAAGUAGCAAUGAUUGUUCCUAGCGAUUCAGGCAGCACUAGUUAACGUAUUUAAACUAAUUGGCCGUUUACUUAAGGGUUCCGAAAGCCCACAGCACUUUUAACCUGUAACUCGAACCACAAUCAAUCAAUCAGUCAAUCACCCAAUUCGUAUUUAUGUGCACCCAUCAUUUCUACAACUAAUUUAUUGAUCGACCAAAUUCAUCCAGCAUCGCCUCCCAUAUAGAAUCACGAAAUAGUAUUCACGGAAUUAAUCAGUUUCAUAAGCUACCCCACUAUGUUUUAAUUUUUAAGCAUAUAGAACUGAAAUAUGGUUUUCUAAUUGUUUAGUUUAUAAUUUUAUCAACUUUCAAGCGAUUGUUUUUGAAUAAAUACAAGAAAAUUGAAAA